UCUACAUUUUUCCACUGUUACCACAACCCUCAGGCAGGGAGUGGGAAGAAACAUGGAAACAAUUCCCAGGCCCUGUGUGUAUGAGACAGCCAUGUAGGAGCAGAGCAAUCCAGGUUAGGCUCAGCGCAGAAGUUCACAACUUACUUUUUUUUCUUUUCAUGGAGAUGAAGUGGACUGCCUCUACAUAUGACAUCACAAGAAACUUGAAACCGUCAUUUGCAGUAGCCCUCCUACUCACUGCUUGCUCCCACAUUUGCUCCCCUCUCCCUGAGCGUUCUGUUCGUCUCCAAAAUCAGACCAGUGGGACUAUUCCAGGACUUCACCUCACAAGCCCCCCCUCUGCUCUCGAGGGGUCUGCUUCUUUUCGUACAGAACAAAGCCAGCAUGACACCCAGUAGCAGUCCCCACCCAGUGAUCUAUCACAAAGUCUAAGACGUAGUUGCUGUACAUACUUUGGUUCCAGCUAAAGCAUUUAUUUUUCCUUUCAGUCCCUUUCCAUUCUUUAAAAUGAUUCCAUCUCACUGAAUCGUCCCUGUCAUAAGUAUGGAGCUGCAGAAGCUAUCAAAUGGAAAUCACCACUGUGACGAUGCUGCGCCUGUGGAGGGAGGAAUUGCACCAGAAGAAAAAAGGUUCCUGCAGCAAAGUGAUGGAUCAAAGAGACCUCAGUUCACAGAUUUUGAGGGUAAAACCUCCAUCGGCAUGUCCGUCUUCAAUCUGAGCAACGCCAUCAUGGGCAGCGGCAUCCUGGGUCUGUCGUACGCCAUGUCCAACACCGGCAUCGUCCUUUUCCUGAUCCUGCUAACCUGUAUUGCCUGUCUGUCCUGUUACUCUGUCCAUCUGCUGCUCCGUAGUGCUGGAGUUGUGGGAAUUCGUGCCUACGAGCAACUUGGCAUGAGAGCUUUUGGUCAUCCAGGGAAGAUCAUUGCAGCAGUCGUCAUCACGCUGCAUAACAUUGGAGGUAUGUCCAGCUACCUGUUCAUAGUUAAAUCGGAGUUACCUCUGGUCAUCCAAGCCUUUCGUGGCCAGACGUCCAGCUCCGGGGAAUGGUUCAUGAAUGGAAACUACCUGAUCAUCAUCGUCACUCUCUGUAUCAUCCUCCCAUUGGCCCUGAUGAAACACCUGGGGUAUCUGGGUUAUACCAGCGGCUUCUCCCUGUCAUGCAUGGUCUUCUUCCUCUCUGCGGUCAUUUACAAGAAAUUCAACAUUGCUUGCCCUCUUGAAGUGUUUGGCAACUACUCCGUGACCACAGCUGUCUCAGAGGACGCGUGUUCUGCAAAAUUCUUCACCAUCAACCAAGAGACGGCGUAUACUAUCCCCAUCCUGGCAUUCGCUUUUGUUUGUCACCCUGAAGUCCUUCCCAUCUACACUGAACUGAGCAACCCAACCAAGAGAAGAAUGCAGAGUAUUGGCAACAUUUCCAUCCUGGGCAUGUUUGUCAUGUACUUCUUCACCGCCACAUUUGGCUAUCUGACCUUCUACGAGAACACUGAAGCAGAGCUCCUCCAUACCUACAGUAAGGUGGACCCUCUGGACACGCUCAUCCUGUGUGUCCGUGUGGCCGUCCUGGUGGCCGUCGCUCUGACCGUACCGGUGGUCCUGUUUCCUAUCCGUCGAGCCCUUUUGCAGCUGCUGUUUCCAGGGAGACCCUUCCACUGGCUGCGUCACAUCGCCAUCGCCAUGAUUCUGCUCUUUGUGGUCAACCUGCUGGUUAUUCUGGUCCCCAACAUUCGAGACAUCUUUGGCAUUACCGGGGCAACCACUGCUCCCAGUCUGAUAUUCAUCCUUCCUGGACUGUUCUACAUUCGCAUCAUCCCCAUUGACCAGGAGCCAUUGAACUCGAGACCAAAGAUUCAGGCUGCGUGUUUCGCAGCACUGGGUUUCAUAUUCAUGAUCAUGAGUGUGACCUUCAUCGGGCUCGACUGGAUGAGUGGAGAAAAGCGAAAUGUUGGCGGCCACUGAAGUGUCCCCAAAGCCCUCCUCCCAGCCAGCUCCCACCUGCUGCUCGGCAGGACAACCAUUCCUCCCCCGGGACCAGAGCAGCCCCGUCUGGUCCCGCCACCCACCAGGUCGACAUGUACACCAUCGGUUCUACGCGAUGAGCUGCCGGUCCUAACGAUGUGGUGUAGAACAGAAAUAUGAACCAGCCAGGGUCCACAGGGCACGUGUUCACUAGAUAACAUUUAUUUCCUUGUGGUUGUAAACAAAUCCCCUUCAAUCAAUGUAUUGUGUACUGAUUCUGCAGAGCAGUAUUUGGUCAAUAAGCCAAAGUCAGACAUGAUGUGAAUGCAACUACAAACUAAUUCAUUUUGUAAUUAAUUUGGGAAUUUAUAUUGGAUAGCAUAUGUGGAUAGUAUUAAAUAAACCUCUACAAAAGACUUUAUAAA